AUGGGCGAGAUGGGUUACACCCGGAAGUUCAGCAAGUCUGACUACAUCGGGCUGAUGGCCGGCUGCGUGUGGCCGGCGAUCCCGGAUUUCAACUGGUCUGAGGCGUCGAAUGGGGAGGUGGCCGAUGAUGGGUACUGCGUGGUGGUGGUGGCGGCCACGGGCCACCACACCGGCACCGAGCUGCGCCUGCCGGGGCUGGAGCCGCUGCCGCCCAGCGGCAAGCACUUCUGCCUGGCUGAGGAGGUCCAGAAGAUUAAGGUAGACUCCCAGGGCAGGGUCAAGGAGAUCCUGGUGCUGCCAAACAAGGGCGCCGGGCCGCGCGCCAUGUACGCCGCCCUGGGCGGGAAGCUGCCGGACCCCCCGCAAGCUGCACCCCCCGCAGACAUCCCCCCAGUGCCCUGA